GUGUUGUAAUUGGUGUUGGUACUGUGGCAUUAUAUUUUACGACAUUUAUCACAGACAGUAUUAAGCAGAAACAAUUGAAUAUAUUUGAAGAACAAGUUUCAAGAGAAGUACGCAGUCAUAAUAAUAAUCCAAACAAUACAAUAACAUUUGUCGUGCAUGGUGCGCAUACAGUAAGCGGUGAAAUACGCCGAGGAGUUCAAUUAGUACUUCCUUAUUAUUUUACAGGAGCUCUGUUACUAAUCAUUUUUGUUGUUACAAGUUUAAUUUUGGCAGCAUUAUGCUAUUCAUAUCCAAUGAAACGCUUACAACUAAUUUUGCCGUUAGCAGCGAUCAUUUCACCGAUCCUAGCAGCAAUAUCAGCCAUUGAUCUAAUACUUUUGACUGGUUAUCAUAUCAAUAUGUUAAUUCUCGUAUCACCUUUUUUAACAUUAGCCACAGGUAUAG